UCUAAGCUGACAUUUCGGCUUCUUCGUUUCCGCUCUCCUCCCCUGCAAAAUUUCCAGAAAUCUUAAAAACUGCAAAAAAAUUGAAAAUAAAUAUAUACGAUCGUGGCUGAUAGAUUGUUAAUUAAGCAAUUGAUCAUCAAAGUGAUAUAUUAAUGGAGAGCACCGAUUCAUCGAGCGGGUCACAGCAACCUCAGCUGCCGCCGGGCUUCCGGUUCCACCCAACCGACGAGGAGCUCGUCGUCCACUACCUGAAGAAGAAGGUCGCCUCCGCUCCGAUUCCGGUAGCUAUCAUAGCUGAAGUCGAUCUCUACAAGUUUGACCCAUGGGAGCUUCCAGCUAAGGCGACGUUUGGGGAGCAAGAAUGGUAUUUUUUUAGUCCGAGAGACAGGAAGUACCCUAAUGGAGCUCGGCCAAACAGAGCAGCGACUUCCGGUUACUGGAAAGCGACGGGGACCGACAAGCCGGUGUUGACGGCGGGAGGGACGCAGAAAGUGGGGGUGAAGAAAGCGCUGGUUUUCUACGGCGGAAAGCCGCCCAAGGGAGUGAAGACUAAUUGGAUCAUGCAUGAAUAUAGGCUUGCAGAUAACAAGACCUCUAACAAGCCUCCUGGGUUGGACAUCGCCAAUAGAUCAAAAGGCGGGUCUUUAAGGCUUGAUGAUUGGGUUUUGUGUCGUAUUUACAAGAAGAACAACUCGCAAAGGCCUUUGGAUCACGAGAGUGAUGAUCUGAACGAUAUGUUGCAGGGAUCAAUUCCGCCUUUUGUUACCCACCAGAAGAUGGGAUUAAAGCCCUCCAAUUAUGGCGCAUUGCUCCAAACUGAUCAUCAUCAUCACCACCACCACAUGUUCGACCAGGGCUUGGUUCCCGGCGACGCCUCACUCGGCGGCGCCCGAACGGCCCAACUGCCCUUUGUCCCGUCCACCCCCAAUCUCCUCCCUACAAAGCGGAGCCUCCCGGGGCUAUUCUGGAACGUCGACGACUCCUCCGCCAAUAACCACCACCCCGCAGACGCCUCUCCUCCCACCAAGCGAUUCCUCGCCGACAACAACGAAGCAAGCAUUUCCAGAAGCGACGAGCAGAACGGGUCCAUAGCCACUCUCCUCAGCCACCUCCCUCAAACCCCUUCACUGCACCAACAAACCAUGUUGGGGGCUCUCAACGACGGCGUCUUCCGCCAACCCUACCAGGUUUCCGGCAUCAAUUGGUACUCUUAAACGGCCACCGUGUAUAGUAAAUGUCCAAAGCCUGGGGGGAGACAAAUAUACAUAUAUACAUACAUAAAUACAUAUAUAUAUAUAUAUAUAUAUAUAUAUAUAUAUAUAUAUAUAACUACAUAUAAAUAUAUAAUAUAUAUAUAUAUAAGGUUAAGUUUAGGCCUAAUAUCCUCCAUCUCUACCGUAGCAGAUCAGAGUUUUACAUGUUGAAGCGGCUGAGCAGUUGCAGAUUAGUGGUUGGAUUAUUGCAGGUACUGAACAUCAUACCAUAUCAUAUAUCUAUACUGAUGAUCGGAGGUUUAAUUUUGUUGCUAAUAAGCAUGCUAGCUAGGGAAAGACUGGAUGUGAAGAAGAAUUAUAUUGUUAAUUAGGUGGUGAUAAUAGGGUUGUCAUUAGCCAUUUUUAGGUGAUCGAGUCCAUAUUUUCUAUAUUGUUUCUUAUUUCACACAUAUAUGCAAACACAUAUAUUUUAUUAUAGCAUUUCAACUACAACUCAACAAUACUGUAAUAUAUAUAUACUGUUGCUCUUAUUUUAAUUUGUAUAUCAGGGAAUUAUUGUACUGUGUGUAAUAUUUUUGCUCCUAUUAAC